CCACAGGCAGCAGACGAGCCGCAAGGUGCCAGGACUCCCUCCGUGCAUCCCUCCUGCAGCCCCAGGCUUCCUGCAGGACCGGACGCAGCCAGGAGCAGCGUUGCAAUGGAGGGUGCAAGGCCAGGAAACAGCAGCAGCAGCAGCAGCAGCAGCAGCAGCAGGAACAGGCUGGAGCAGCGGGCGACCCAGGGCGUGAGGACCUACACUUGUGACCACUGCGGCAAAGUGUGCUCCACCAAGGCUGCCAUUGCCAGACACGUCCUCUCCCAUGCCAGCAAGACAAGGCUGAGAGGCAGGAGUGGCCCCGCUGAACACACUGCCACCCACACUGGUGGCAGGAACCACAAGUGUGACCUCUGCGGGAAGACAUUUGUCCGGAAGAGUCAUCUUGCCUCACACAUCCUCACCCACACUGGGGAGAGAAAGUUCCAGUGCCUGGAGUGUGGGAAAAAAUUUAUCCAGAAAGGUGAUCUUGACAGACACAUCCUCAUCCACACUGGGGAGAGAAAGUUCCAGUGCCUGGAGUGUGGGAAAAAAUUUGCCCACAAAAGUCAUCUUAACACACACAUCCUCACCCACACUGGGGAGAGAAAGUUCCAGUGCCUGGAGUGUGGGAAAAGAUUUACCCGCAAAAGUCAUCUUAACAGACACAUCCUCACCCACACUGGGGAGAGAAAGUUCCAGUGCCUGGAGUGUGGGAAAAGAUUUACCCACAAAAGUCAUCUCAACACACACAUCCUCACCCACACUGGGGAGAGAAAGUUCCAGUGCCUGGAGUGUGGGAAAAGAUUUACCCAGAAGGGUUCCCUUGACAGACACAUCCUCACCCACACUGGGGAGAGAAAGUUCCAGUGCCUGGAGUGUGGGAAAAGAUUUACCCUGAAGGGUUCCCUUGACAGACACAUCCUCACCCACACUGGGGAGAGAAAGUUCCAGUGCCUGGAGUGUGGGAAAAGAUUUACCCUGAAGGAUUCCCUUGACAGACACAUCCUCACCCACACUGGAAAGAAGAAGAGAAAACAGCCAAAAUUAUAGCUGUUGCAGU